AUGAGGGGCUUUGUAAAAUAAUUUAUGUUCACAGAGCAAGUCUCCCUAUCAUCUCAAUAAUAAAUUAAAAGAUGCUAUAAAGAAGCUAGAAUAGAAAUGGCAACCAAUCCAAUAAACCCAUUUCAUUAAUGGAUUAUUAAAGUAAGUAUAAUGGUAUUAUUUUUAGCUUGAUGGAAAAAGUAUUAAAACUUAAAAAAGAAACAUUUUAGCAGUGCCUUCUCCUUAAUUGGCUGCUUAUAUAGCUUAAGAAUUCAACAAUUAGAAUUAGAAUAUGCAAUUUUUUAGUAUGCCAUUUUUAAAGUUUGCCAGUCAUGCUGUAGAUUUAGAUUUCGAUGCUUCAAAUAGAUAAAUGCUUGAAAUGAAAUUUAUGUUUAAUUUAGAAAAUGAUUUAAUUAUGAGAGGAUAACUAAAUUCAGAUAAAUUACCUAAAACAGAAACUCAAAUUGCUGACUCUUUGUUAAUUAAAUUAUCUAGAAAAUUGAAUAUAUAAAUUAAUUCAAAUGAUGAUAGAUAUUAAGAAUACUUAAAUUAAUAGAGUAAAAUUAAACUUGAAUCAUUUAUUAGAGGAAUCAAUAAUUGGUAAUUAGUUGCUUUGAACUCAAAAAUAGGUAAAAAAAUAUUUCUAUUUAAUUAGAGAAUCUCUCAUCAUGUAUCUUGGGUUUGUAUUUACAAUUAGGAUUGAUCAACAUUUCAUCUGCAUUAGCUUUAAGAAAGUCUUUAAUAGAAUUUAGAGAUUUAAACAGAAGAUCGAGUUAAAAAGAAAAUAAUGAAUAAAUUUUGAAAACCACUCUUGAAGCUUCUUAAAUGUUUUCUGAAUCAAUAACUACUUAAAGUAUAAUGUAUUGA